AUGAAGCUGCUUGGACCCAGAAACAUUGCUGUAGGAGCUCACGACGAGCUCGGUGAGGGGAGCGCCGAUGUCCGCAACAGCGGGUCCAACCACCGUCGCCGAAUUCUGCCAGCUGCCAGCUGCCAUCUGCCAUCUGCCUUCUGCCAUUGGCGACAGCGCAACGAUGCACGCACAUGGGAGAAUGAAUUCCCCUCGGCAGCAUCUGGCAUGUCACAGCUACAGCAAUGCGACGCGUCUGCCCAUCCGCACCCCACGCGCACUGGCGCCGCGCAUGACGUCUUAGGCCCCGGCGUGCUCGAGGCCUCUCCGCAGUCCGCCGCCAAGGCCGCCACUCUGGACACCUCGCAGCUCGCAGCUGCACUGAAGCCCAUGCAAACGGCGACGACAGUUCCUGAUUUCCUGUGA